CACACUUCGAAGCGUCGACACAUCACUAACUAACGCUUUAGUCCAGUUUGCUUGCAGCCUUCCAGUGAUGUUACUUCUCUUCAUCAAUCUGAUAAUCGCGGUCCUUCCGUCUAUGCACCUUUUUCUUCUGUCUGCAGGUACAACCGGACGUGAAGACGAGCUUACCCUGAAAGAUCGAUCAGGUGAAAUCGCAGGAGUCGUCACGGUGGUUGUCUCAGAAGGAAGUGAUGCCAUCUUACCCUGCUCCCUCAGCACCAAUCAGAACCUUGAAUACCUCCUGUUUGAUUGGAGGAAAAAAGCACCAAAUAAACAGGAGGUGUUCAUGUAUGAUGGAGGCAUUCAUUACAAUAAUGGACGUCCAGGUCAAGACGAGCAGUUCAGAGGACGGGUCUCACAUUUCCCACAAGAGCUGCAGUUUGGUAACGCCUCCAUCAUUAUCAGAAACACCAGGCUGGCUGACAGUGGAGUCUACACCUGUGAUUUUCCACAUCUGCAGCUGGAAGGGAAAACUUUCAGAAUAAAGCUUGAUGUUGAGCUUACCCUGAAAGAUCGAUCAGGUGAAAUCGCAG